AUACCAGUUCUUCCAAUACGCCAAGAUAGUAUUGCAAACGCUGUUCCUCCAGCUGAAGUGACCAAGAUCGCCUUGCGCCUACGUUACCUCAUCAAAGAAUGUAUUCCGUAUGAAGUCAAAGAGAAAUGUAUCACAAAUGCGCAUUCGAAGAUAAUUACCACCAGCGUGCUUCGAGCAGCAAGCGAAGCGGGUGGAUAUAAGGAGCGCGGCUGCGUUGUCUUUUGUCUGCUGGUGAACAAACGAUGGUUUGGCAAGCAGGCAGCAUCAGAACUCUGGGAUUCCGAAUUGCAUCAAUUACGCGCGACAGCUUGUGAUGUUAUUGCGAAGAAUCUGAUUGAAAUGGAGGACAAUCAACAGUAUCUUAUGAGUACUGUUUUGCUCACACGUUAUAAAUUUCUCAUAAACGGAAGGCCUAGCGUGCCAGCCAACGUGAUUGAGCGUGCUGUCGACCUACAUGCAUUGAGAGUUAUCGGUUCGUGCGGAUACCAGAAAUGCGUUAAGUACUUGUGGCGCGGAUGGCUUGUACAAGAUGACAACAACACUAGCCAGUUUGUCGAAUAUAAGAAGAAGGCCAAUCCUUCGUAUUGGGCCCAUGUGGAUCCAGAUCGUAUGCGCGCGCCCGUCUACCAGAAUGCCGCACAAGUCGUUUUCUCUCUUAUUUAUCUUGGUCUAUUUACGGGUUCAAUCAACACCGUUAAUCGCACUGGAAGCUUUGAUAUCGUUGAGAUCACACUAUAUCUCUUUACCCUCGGCUUCCUAUGUGAUGAAUUCAAUAAGUUCAGGAAGGUGGGCUAUUGGUACAUAAGAUUUUGGAAUGUAUUCAACCUCAUUCUCUAUGGUCUCUUGACUAGUAGCAUGGUUCUGAGAAUAGUUGCUCUGAGCCAUCCUAUAGACAAUAGUAACAAUCUCGGAAACCGAGAUAAAUUCAACGAAUUAAGUUAUCGUAUUCUAGCUUUCUCAGCUCCUAUGUUCUGGAUGCGUCUCCUUCUGUACUUUGAUAGUAUCCGCUUCUUUGGUACUAUGCUCAUCGUUCUCAAAGUAAUGAUGUCCGAGUCCCUGAUAUUCUUUGCACUUCUGGCCUUUAUUUUUGUCGGAUUCCUGCAAGCGUUCAUUGGCAUGGAUGCUGCAGACUCGAGCAUCGAUGCAACUUCAUUUAUACUUCAAGCAAUGGUUAAUGCUGUGAUGCAAUCACCUGACCUGGAAAGUUUUAAUGAAUUUGCGCCACCUUUUGGUAUCAUCUUAUACUACAUAUUUACGUUUUUGAUCAUGGUCAUCUUACUAAAUAUUCUCAUUGCACUGUUUAACUCCGCCUAUGAAGAUAUCACUGACAAUGCGAUUGACGAAUAUCUCGCUCUUUUCGCCCAAAAAACCAUACAGUUUGUACGUGCUCCGGACGAGAAUGUAUUCAUCGCCCCGCUCAACCUUGUUGAAAUUGUAUUUCUCAUCCUACCUUUUGAAUGGUGGCUACCAAGACAAAUGUAUACCCGACUCAACAAAAUUGUCAUGAAAAUUCUCUACUGCCCACUACUUUUGGUGACAGCUUACUUUGAGACACGUAGUGCCGCCAAGGUUCUUGGCAAUCGUAGACAGGGUGAAAUUGACGACGAUAUCUUAGAGGAGUGGGAGCAAAUGCUUGGAGAGUGCAAUUUCGAGGCAGAAGGAUGGAAAAAUAAGGUUGAAAAGGUUAAGCCUAACCCACAAGUUAAUCAGACGACUCUAGCCGUGGGUAAAUUAAGGUACGAGGUGACGGAACUGAAAACCCUUGUGCAGCAGGUACUAGAGAAUCGUGAAGUCUUAGACCUUUAA